CGAGCGCAUGCAGCAAACUGAAGCUGUGCCAUUCUUCCGACUUCCAUGCAGACUCCCAUGGCGAGCUCCACUUGCCGCCCGGUCAUUUCAGUUUUGCUAGCGUGCUCCUUCCUUCUCCCUCUUACCCAUGCAAGGCUUCUCCUCGCCGGCACCACCAACGGCACCGUCGUCAACGAGAGCAAAUCCUUCUCCAUCAGAGCCGGCAGCGGGGAGGGCGGCGGCCGCGGAUUCGGCGUGACCAUCGGCCACGGCGGGCACGACACGUCGAUUGGGAUCGGCGGUGGGUUCGGAGGCGGAGCCGGCACUGCCCGUGGCGGCGGCGCGAGCGUGGGAGGCGGAGCGGGCGCUGGCGUCGGCAUCAACGUAGGACACGGCGGGGUUGAUGUUGGGAUCGGCGGGGGCGGGGGCGGUGCGGUCAGCGGCGGCGGCGGCGGCGGUGUUGGUGUUCACAUAGGCCGUGGUGGAGUGAGUGUUGGCACGGGUGGCGGCGGCGGCGGCGGCGGAGGUGUGGGUGGCGGAAACGGUGGUGGUGGUUCCGGCGGUGGCAGCGGUGUUGGACGUUCCGGCAACGCGGUCGGGAGCGGCGGAGGGUACGGGAACGCGAAUGGAAGUAGCGGAGGUGGAGCGGGCAGUGGAGUUGGGUCGGCCGGCGGAGCUGUUGGCGGCGGCUCUGGAGGUGGCGGCGGUGGCCAAGGUUGAAGAGGUAUCUCCAUCUUAUUAAUUCAACAAGACAAGUCAUGAGUGAAACUGGUCGCUGAUUAUAAUGAACUAGAAUCCCCAAAAGGGUAUAGAUAUAGUAACUAUAUCCAAGAUCGAAAUGUAUAGUAGUGAUAUAUGAAAUUUAUACUCUGCUUGGCACAUCCUCAAAAUGUCUUUGCUGUUGUGGGUCUAGUAUGUGUUUAUGUAAGCUUGUCAUCUUCUGCAAAGUGCUUAGUAACAAUUGUAGUAUGUCUGCACGGUAUAUUGAUGAAUGAAUGGAUGAAACAUGUAUGGUGUUUGGUGUAUUUAAAACAGCUCAAAAGGCUUUACAAA